AUUCAACUUGAAUUGAACAUGCUCAGGCUUGGUUCUGCCCUUCGUCGUCCUUGUGGAAGGUGUAUCCCUUCCGUGUCUUAUACUACUACAGCCGAGUAUCCGUUCCUCCACCACACAGUCCGUGUAGAAAACCUCCCGGAAGGAUACAAUGUUGGUAGUAUCAUCGAUACAGUGAAAGCCAAUCCGUCGGAGACGAUUACACCCUCGAAAAACCAUCUUCUUGUCCGUUUUUUUGAUGAAAGGACCGCCAAAUGCUGUGUUGAGGAGAACAAAGAGGAAAAGCUGUCAUUAAAGAUUGACGAUUCGACUUCGCCAGCGUUGGACGUCCAGACUGUUGCAGUGCUUGCAAAAUACAAUGCAACGCGCACUGUACAGCUGCGUAAACUUCCGGAGAGCUUCACUGAAUCUCAAUUCAACGACAUUCUCUCCGAGCACGGAGGCGUCGUCUCUUUGCGCUUUGACAAGACCAGGGGUGUCACCGAAGCCCAGUUUUUGGAUCUACACCAGGCGUCCAAGGCACGAGCUGAAUUUGUUAGAGCGGGAGCUGUGCCGAGGUUUGUGGACACCGACCACUUUAUUUAUCCAGAGUGGUACUCGAAGCAAGAUGAACAGCCUAAUCAAGAACGCCUAGUAAAAAUUGAAGGCCUGGAGGACGUUGAGACCCGGCAAAUAUGCAUGCGCUGGACCAACAAUUACAACGAUUUCCCUCUAGCGUCUUUCAUAUCAGCCUGUCAUACUAGCGAAAAAGAAAUGUGGGUCUAUUUUCCAACUUCAGCCUUGGCUCGACAAUUCAUGAGCAUAUGCGACCCCAUGGCAAAGGGGAAAUGCACUAUGACCUUGCAAACCACAGAUCAGGCCGUCUCCCGUGGUAUAGUCACUGCCAUUGACUUGGGCGCAAGGCGGUUGGUAUCUUUUCCCUUCAAUGGGAAGUUGUCGGACGAGAAGCGACAAACAUUCGGGCGCUUCUUUCACCGCUUUGGCCGAUUAGAUACAAGGAGAAUCACCCAUACUGAGGGACAGUUGAUCGUUCCUUUCGCCACCGUGGUUGGUGCUUCGAGCUUUAUUUAUCAUGCCCGUCAGGGUCUACGAACAAAGUCACCUGUCGAACUCAAUGACGUUCUGCCGACCUUUGUUGGUGCCCAUCACUCGAGAUGAUUGAACGGUCGCAUGUUUUUAUCCACAUUUUCAUACAAAAUCUAUUUACAUCCUAGCGGGCUGCAUACAGCUUUGACUUGUUAUAAAAUCAUCCAAUUCCGUGAAGGUCAAGCCGAGCGAUACAAGCUGAUCAAAAAC